AUGAUCCGUCGCGCAGUUUUCUCGAAAAUGAAAGCAGCCGCCAAGGAGAGAGCUGAUUGCGGAGUCAAAGAGGUGUAUUCUGAGGCUCUUGUAACUUGUGAAGGCGAGAUGCGGCCACAUUACGCAAGUGAAGAUAUUGGUGCAUCGCUGCCAACCUAUCGCUCGAUCCAAGCGUCUCUGUACAGAGCCCGAGCGAGUAUCAGACCACCUCUGCCGCAGUCGAGAACCGAAAUUAUCAUCGCAGGAGAAUGGGACAGAACUCUUGGAAACGACCCGUUCUUGCUCUUCGACGAUGGCGCGGAGAAUCGAAUCAUAGGCUCCUCUACCGAGGAGAUGGUCAAAAUCCUCUGCGGAGUGCCUUCGGUUUUCAGGGAUGGAACCUUUCGGGUGGUCCCCCACCUGUUCCUGCAGCUGUACACGCUGCAUGGACUCUAUAAGGGCGAGAUGAUACCUUUCGCUUACUUCCUCUUGCCCGACAAGACCAAAGAAACAUACCGUCGCAUGUUCGUUCUAUUGAAAAAUCGAGCGAACGCGGUCGGAGCGACCUUAUCUCCCUCAUUAUUCCAAGUCGAUUUCGAAGUGGCUGUCCUGAAAGCCAUCGAGGACGAGUUUCCCUUGGCCAAUAGGAAGGGGUGCCAUUUCCACUUCGCGCAGAGUAUCUGGCGAAAAGUUCAACAGCUCGGACUGGCUCCUCAUUACGCAGAGCCCGGCGUCAAGCGACUUGUUCGGUCGUGCACGGCACUUGGGUUAGUACCCCUCGACCGAAUCGAGGACGCUUGGCUCGAGAUUGAUGCCGAAUCCCCAAGCGCAGAGCAUCCCGCGCAUGAGAAGCUCGAUGCCUUCAAGCAAUAUUUCAUCGAGACUUGGCUCGAAAACGACGCGAUAUUCCCGCGGGAUCUAUGGAACCAUUAUAGAAACUUCGGAGCUCGAACAACAAAUCACAUUGAAGGCUGGCAUCAAGGCUCCAAUCGAAUCGUCCGGAAAAGUCAUGUCAACCUUUUCGAAAUGAUAAAACACCUCCAGAAGCAAGAGGCCAAGUACAGCGUCAAAAUUCUCAUGCUGGAUAUGGGCCAAGCCCCCGAGAAAGUCAAGAAGAAGUAUGAAGACCUGGACAGGAAGCUCAUCAGAUUGGUCGAUUGA